CGCUGCUUAUCAACUCGUCAUUAAGAAAUGGUGCGCAGAGUGGGAGAAUGACGUCAAUGCCCCAAAGAACUCCGGUCACCUUCCGUAGUACCAGCUGGUUUCGACAGCCCCAGAAGAAGCUGGUGUACAUCGCCUAAACUGGCUCCUCACAGGCCACGGGCGUACUGGCCACAUGCCACACAAAUGGCAUAUAUGAAGCCAACACCUGAGUGUGACUGUGGAGCUGCUGGUCAGACAGCAAUUGUUUAUGAGUGCUCAAUCAGAAAACCUGACCUGGCCUGACCUGACCUCGCUCUAUUUGGUUGCUGUACAACUUCGGAAAUAAUUGUUUGUAAUACAGUCUGUAGUCCACACACAGCCACGGUCAUUGCCUGUAAUUCCACCUGAUGUAGCUGUAUCUCACGGCUUACACAGAAACAAGGAUGGUUAACGCAAAGAAUAUGCCGAGUACCACAAGAGUAGGUUGCAGCUUCGGAUGGGUUGUAGCCGCUAUAGGUUUCUCCACCGGAGCUAUUGAGCCGGGAACAUUCAAAAGUUUCGGCGUCUUCAUUUUGCCCAUUCAGGAGUCCUUGGAUUGUUCAAUUUCAGCGUUGGGAACAGCCAUAGCUGCAUCUCAUACGGCAUGCUAUGUUCUGGUUCCACUGGUCAACAUUCUAACUGAGAAGUAUGGCUCACGAAGACUCGUCAUGCUGGGAGGAAUCAUCAUGUUUCUUUCGUUCCUUGGAAUAUCGCUGGCGACUAACAUUGCUGUAUUUUCAGUAUUCAUAGUGAUUUGGGGAAUGGGUGUUUCCCUUGCCUACGUCCCUCCCAUUGCCGCAGUGAUCAAGUAUUUUCCAACCAAUGCGGCUCUACCUAUCAGUAUCACUACCACAGGAUGUGCCUUUGGGAUGAUGAUUUAUCCCCCGUUGACAGAAGCCUUGAUUGAGAUAUAUGGAUGGCGUGAAACCAUACUCAUAUUUGCAGCUUUUAAUGCAAAUAUUUGCGUUUUUGGAGCCUUGAUCAAGCCGCCGCCACCGCUGUAUGAAGCCCUUGCCACUCCACGUCAAGAGAUGAUACCAGCGCUUUCACUAUCUGGUGACAGUAAACUGAACAAUGUGAUCAACGUCUUUAAGAAAGCUGCGAAGGGCUUCAGUAAGAUUGUAUCCUUGGAUGUAUUACUACUGGAACCAAUUUUCACCAUAUAUGCUUUUGCAUGUUUUGUACUUGGCAUCAUGUAUAGCGCUUGGAUGAUUUACCUCGUUCCUCAUGCAGUGGUCAGGGGUAUUGGGAACCAGCGAGCUUCUCUUCUAUCUACAGCUGGUGGAGUUGGUAAUCUCGUUGGCAGGAUCGUAUACGGGCCAAUAUUGCACCGUGGAUACAUCAAACCGGUUCAAAUGUUCAUGCUUCUUGCUUGUGGCAAUCUUGGAGCAUUUGUUCUUGAUCCAAUCGUGUUAGAUAACUAUCCAGGAUUGGUUGGAUUAUCUUCCAUCAAUGGCCUUUGUCUCGGGGUUAUGGCCGGUAUGUUCAUACUUGUGUCCCAGCAAGUCUUGGAGGGGGAAAUAGGCGACAGGGCGUGGGGUAUAUUGUGUGUCUCCUUUGCGGUCGGGGAAUUGGCCGGUGGAGCUUUUGCCGGUUUACUCUUUGAAGCUACCGGAAGUUACGAAUUGCCCUUUCUGUUUCUGGGAGGUUUGUCGGCCUUUAUCGCUGCAGCCCUUGCAGUCGAACGGCUUUGGAAUCGCUUCUGGAGGAACUGAAGGGUUUUUUUGGUUCACUUUAGUUUCCGUGCUUUUCUUUUGUCCGUAUUUCGUUGUACAAGCAGUACAGUCACUGUGUGGACCUCUGAACAAAAUAUGUCCACACGUUGCAGGUAGCAAAUACGUUUUGUGGACUCGCCCACGUCCACACAAGGUUCCCCAGUCCCCUCUGAAAAACAGUUUUAGGGGCAUUUUGUUGUCAGUGUAUCCGUCACAAAAUGAAGAGGAACUAUCCAGGGAAAUCAAUAUAAAGCAGUUUUGGUUAAGAGAUCAGAGAUCUCGAGUGUAAUUAACAGUGCGAGUAAAAUGAUUUUCAAAGAAAUGUCCAUGCUAUAUAAGGUAAACAUGCCUGGUUGCCCCGCACGAUAAAAAUGUAGUUGCGUUGAUCCCUAAUUGUCCCAUUAAAUCCCAAAAUGUCUGAACUUUCUUGUAGGAAGUUGUCUGUCAUUCGUAAGAGUUUGGGUUGUUUGUUCCUUUUGUUCUUUUAACACAUGCUCUGAACACUAAAACUACAAGUCUAAUA